CGGGGGGCGGCCGAAGAGUAGGCCGAGGAGGGCGGGCGGGCGGCGGGCGGCCCCGUCUUUCCUCCUCGAGGCGCCGCAGCUCGCGGAGAGGUCGGGGGCCAGCGCCUCUGACCGCCCGGCGCCUGGGCCUCCCCAACGGGCGCCGGGAAACGCGCCGCCUCCGGGCUCCCCACCCGAGUCCUUGCUGGGAGCCGUGGCCAGGCCGCCCGCGCGCUUAGUUAACGUCCGCCCCGCCGGGAGGGGUCCCCAGCGCGCGGGUCCGUGAUCUCGCGGCUCUCCCGGCGCCUCGGAAGGGACGUGCGGCCCAGGAGCCGCCUCGCCCGUCGCCGCUGUGCCCGCGGGACAGGCGGCCGUGGGGUCGGGUGCCUUCCCCUCAGGCCGGUCGAUGGUCGCUCAGCCCCGUAGGACUUGCGGCCGCAGGACAUGCUGUGUCCCUUCGCUGCUCAGUGGGCGAGCCACUAGCCACGUGUGGCCACUGAGCAUUUGACCUGUGGCUGGGGCGACUGAGAAACCAAGUUUUAAAUUUCAUUUUUUUACGUUAAAACUUAAAAACCUCGUGUGGCUAAGCAGCUGCCGUAUUUGACCGUACGAGACGGAGUGCGGAGUUUUGAAACUAAGUUGUUGGUUCAUAUUUCUGUGCCAAGUCGUUUUCUCCGGAGACGCAAGCUCGAUGGAAAUUAUAUGACAGAAUAUUUGGGUAACAUCUUCCUGAAAGAUCUUCGAGGACUACAGAAGACAAAAACACUAAUGCAUUUGAGAAAGUGGUAAAGUUGGGGGGGGAGGGGAAAAAACCCUGCUUUCCUGAUUUGCAACUUGGCUGGAUGCUAAGAUGUCGGUGGACAUGAAUAGCCAGGGGUCUGACAGCAAUGAAGAGGACUAUGACCCAAAUUGUGAAGAAGAGGAAGAGGACGAGGACCCUGGGGACAUAGAGGACUAUUACGUGGGAGUAGCCAGCGAUGUGGAGCAGCAGGGGGCCGAUGCCUUUGAUCCUGAGGAGUACCAGUUCACCUGCUUGACCUACAAGGAGUCCGAGGGCGCUCUCAAUGAGCACAUGACCAGCCUAGCCUCUGUCCUCAAGGUGUCUCAUUCAGUUGCUAAACUUAUAUUAGUUAAUUUCCACUGGCAAGUUGCAGAGAUAUUGGACAGAUACAAGUCUAAUUCUGCUCAGCUGCUGGUUGAGGCUCGCGUUCAGCCCAAUCCAUCGAAACAUGUCCCCACAGCUCACCCCCCUCACCACUGCGCAGUGUGCAUGCAGUUUGUGCGGAAGGAAAACCUGCUCGCUCUGGCCUGUCAGCACCAGUUUUGCCGCAGCUGCUGGGAACAGCACUGCUCAGUGCUUGUCAAAGACGGCGUGGGUGUGGGAGUGUCUUGCAUGGCCCAGGACUGCCCACUGCGAACCCCAGAGGACUUUGUGUUCCCAUUACUGCCCAACGAAGAGCUCAGAGACAAGUACAGGCGCUACCUCUUCAGGGACCACGUGGAGAGUCAUUACCAGCUCCAGCUGUGCCCUGGUGCAGACUGCCCCAUGGUCAUCCAGGUACAAGAGCCCAGAGCUCGCCGCGUGCAGUGCAGUCGGUGCAGCGAGGUCUUCUGUUUCAAGUGUCGUCAGAUGUAUCACGCCCCCACAGACUGCGCCACAAUCCGGAAAUGGCUCACGAAGUGUGCGGACGACUCUGAGACCGCCAACUACAUUAGUGCUCACACUAAAGACUGUCCCAAGUGCAACAUCUGCAUCGAGAAGAACGGAGGCUGCAAUCACAUGCAAUGCUCCAAGUGCAAACACGACUUCUGCUGGAUGUGUCUAGGGGAUUGGAAGACCCACGGCAGCGAGUACUAUGAGUGCAGCCGGUACAAGGAAAACCCCGACAUCGUCAACCAGAGCCAGCAGGCGCAGGCCAGGGAGGCCCUCAAGAAGUACUUGUUCUACUUUGAGAGGUGGGAAAACCACAACAAGAGCUUGCAGCUGGAGGCACAGACAUACCAGCGGAUUCACGAGAAGAUCCAGGAGCGGGUGAUGAACAACCUGGGGACGUGGAUCGACUGGCAAUACCUGCAGAACGCUGCCAAGCUCUUGGCCAAGUGCCGCUACACCCUGCAGUACACGUACCCGUAUGCGUACUACAUGGAGUCUGGGCCCAGGAAGAAACUGUUUGAGUACCAGCAGGCGCAACUGGAGGCUGAGAUCGAAAACCUGUCGUGGAAAGUGGAGCGCGCGGACAGCUAUGACAGGGGGGACUUGGAAAACCAGAUGCACAUAGCAGAGCAGCGGAGACGGACCCUGCUGAAGGAUUUCCACGACACCUAGGCUGGGCGCGGCGAGCUGGAGUGAGGAAGAGGCGGCUGGAGGUCUCCCGGCGGCUGUUCUGCACGACGAGGCUCUGCCUUUCACACCCAGGCGGCAGCCAGACCACUCCUGAGAGCCCGGCCACACACCUCAGUCCUUCUCUCUUCUGUGCAUCUUGCUUUGUUUCUACUACGGUGGAGGCCCUGUUGAAUUGGCCUCGUCAGGAUUUGAAAUCCCCCCUGGAUGGUUGUUGGGAGGGAGGGAACGUUUUUUUGAAUGACUAUUAAUAGUAUUAGCUCAUUACAACUUAUGUAAUUUUUAAAGGUUGGGCAAUUGUACCAAAAAAACAAAACAAAAAAAAGGAAACCAACCAUAGAAUUACACAGAACCUUUAAAAAAUAAAUUGGCGUUGGAGUGUU